AUGGUAAGGUUCUUGCAGGUAAACCUGGGCAGGGGUCGCGAAGCGGAGGACUUGCUCCUCCAAGCGGCCGUUGAGAAGGGCGCGGGCGUACUGAUCGUCAGCGAGCAGUACCGGAUUCCGGAUACGGGCUUCUGGUUUCAGGACACGACAGGUAGGGCGGCGAUAAAUGUCCGAGGACAGGACCCAAAGAUCAAAGAAGUCGGUAAACCUACGGCCAACUAUGUGUGGCUAGGCAUAGGCGGAGUUAGGAUAUACAGCUGCUACUUCUCACCCUCUGAGACCUAUGAAGUUUUCCGUAAACAACUGGACGCGCUGGAGAACAACCUCAGAGAAGCGAGAGGCGAAGUAGUCGUAGCCAGCGACUUUAAUUGUAAGUCACCCGAGUGGGGCUCCAGGAGACUGGACCGCAGAAGCGAAGCCCUCUCGGAGAUGAUAACGAGGCUAGAUCUCGUACUUAACGAAGGGAACGCCCUUACCUUUCGACGGGGAAGCACCAGUUCGGUCGUUGAUAUCACCCUGGGUACUAUCGUUGCAGCCGCGAAAAUGAAGGCAUGGAGAGUACUCGAGGACUUUACCCUCAGCGAUCACCAAUACAUCGAGUUUGAAUUGGGAACAGAACAAACGCGGAGGACUCGCCAGGAACCACUGUCUAAAGUAGGCGUAAAGAAAGCUGGAUGGGCAUUACGCAGGCUCGAUAAAAACAAGCUGAACCUCUUUCUAGAAACGGCAAGGAAACAGGGAAACCCGCCAAGGAUGGGCGACACCAAAGAGCUGGAUGCGUUAGUAAGUUAUGCUACUGAGAUCAUCACGGCAGCAUGUGACGCAGCUAUGCCUAGGUGCAAAAACUACACGAGAGGUAGACAGCCGGUACACUGGUGA